UAUGUGUGAUCACAGAAAAAGACAACUCACAUAUGAUGAUUUAGAUAACUCAAAUAUGAUACCUAGAGCACCUCUAAUUAAGUAUUUAUAUAUUUCUAUAAUUAAGACCAUUAAAAGAUUCUUCCAUCUUAAUACCUGAACUAUAAUUAACUUAUGAAAGUCCAAAUCACUUUAAAUAGAUUCCAUUAACAAUUAUAUCUGAAGAUGAAAGACUAGAAGGGUUUUAAUUACCAUUAGUGGGUAAACACAUCAAAAAGAGAUAAAGAUUUUAAAGUGAAAAUGUUCGUCACACAGUCAUAAACAUGAUGGAAAGACAAUUAUUAAGUAGAAAAUCUUCAAAAAUACAAAUAGAAAGCAAUAUAUUUUGA